CCAUCCCCCGCAUACCCCACUCGUACUCAAUCUCAACUAUCAUGGAUCGCUUCUUGGCCCCUCACACUCCUGAAGCUAUCGCCCACUCUCAAGUCACUGAAAGCCACAGUGGCUGGGACGUCGAGCAUGCUUCGUUGAACGAAGCCCUCACCGCUCAAUGUGCAUCAUACCAGGCCUUGGCCCGCUAUCUCACAGGAGCAGACAUUGUGUUCAUACCCCGUACCCGCCGCGAGCUCGACAGUAUCUUGAGAAGAUACUCGUACGAUGCCAUCCACAACAUCAUCGCUCGCGCUCGUAAUACGCUGCAGCCCGGCGGUUACAGUCGCAUCUGUCACAUGUCGGAACAGUCCAUCCGUAAUGUCUUAAGCACUGGCGACAACACCGCCUCCCUCCUCUCCCUGCACAAUCCUCCCCCAAGCGAGCAUGUUAUCCACGACAUGGAGUCCGCUCCUCGCUUCAUCAGGAGCAACUGAUCGUCGUGUCGUAUAGAUUUAUAGUUCGUCCGUUGCAUCGUAACCUCGCUCUCUGUCACAUAGUCCUAUCGUCGUCGCACCGUCGCUUGUACCAAGUCAAAGCCAAAGCAGAACCCCUUGUACAUUCGCAUCUGUAUCACCACCUGUCUCAUGAUAGUAUCUUAUUAGAAUCCCAGCCUCUCUCCCAUUAGUUGUACAUGCUUUACUAGCUUUAGCCCUUGCCUUGCUGGACCGAUGGCCUUCUCUUACUGUAAUAUGUCUACCACUUCCUUCUAUAAUGC